UCUGGGCACUGGCAAGUCGAAGCUUCCGGGUUCACAGGCUGGCUUCCCCCAGGCUGCGGAAAGAAUAGAGCUCAUUCAUCAACUACGGCAGGAGUUCUUAUUUCCUGGGCAGGGAGUCCCUCCGUUUCAGUGCCAUACACAGAUACAAGGUGCCAGUUUGCUGGAACAUGGCUGUGCAUUUGUUAGAUACACAGUAUGAUGCAGAUUCCUAUCAGAAAUACAGAUUCUCUCCCUCUGAAAAUCUCCAAAGUGUCAUCUUCUCCUACCUGGAAGAAAAGAAAGUAGACCCCGUUCGGCUGGCAGUGGAUGUCGGCUGUGGGUCGGGACAAAGCACUCGCGUACUCGCCGCUCAUUUUGAGAAGGUGGUUGGAACAGACAUCAGUGAAGCUCAAAUAGAGGCAGCCAAACAAGCUGCCUCCUUCCCAAAUGUUACUUACCAUGUGUGCCCUGCAGAGGAGCUGGCAUUUGAGGAUGGUUCUGUGGACCUCAUUACUGCUUUUACAGCUGCCCACUGGUUUGAUAUGCCGAGGUUCAUGAAAGAAGUGGAUCGAGUUCUCAAGCCACAUGGCUGUGUGGCCCUUAGCACCUACACUACAGACUUCAGUAUGCACUAUAAAGACUGCUCGGAGAGGCUUACAGAAAUCUUCACUGAGACCCGGGACCUGCUUCUUAAAUAUUCAGAUGAAAAAGUAAAUCUUGUCAUUGCAGAGUAUAAAGAGGUGUUUGAGUCCGUGCCUUUUCCAGACAAGAAGAGAGUUACCCAGAUCUUAGACAAAAUUCCCAUGUCCGUUUCUGGGGUGAUCGGGCUAUUCCAGUCCUUCUCCAUGUAUCAAGCCUUUCUGAGGAGUGACCCUGAAGCAGCAAAAUCUCUCCUCCAAAAAACUGAACAAAGGUUCCUGGAGACCAUGGGAGUUUGCUCUAAUGAAACCCAGGUAGAGAUCGGGAUAAGGAGUGUUUCUGUUCUAGGCUGCAAGGGGCCGUGAAUGGAAAAUUCAGCGAUGACCCAAUAGCCAGAAGAAAAAUCCCGAUUUUUAGAUAUACUUAUAACUGAUGUUAUCACCUUUAAAAUAUUUGAUUAAGAUCCCAAUAAAGUCAAUGGCAAAACUCCCAUCUUCUUCAAUGGGAGACAAAGGA